AAGCUACGUGAAGGUGUGGUCAGAGACAUUGAGAGACAGAUUCGAAAAGAAGAAAACCUUCGCCUUUUGAAGGAACAGAUUGUUUUAACAAAACAACUUGAAAUAGAAAGAGACACAGCGCUGAUGGCCAAAGGACCCCAGCAGUGAAGAAGGAGGGCUGAUAUUUCCCUUUUCAUUUAAGUUUACUGAGCUUCAUCUUGGUGGUACUUUAAAUGUCAGAAGAGUGGGGUCCUUGCACACCAGAAAGAACUCUGCCAAGACACAAUGGAUAAUAAUGUAUAUGUGGGUGAGAUGAUGAGUUGUCACGAUGAUGAAGCUACUAGAACAUCAACGUCUGAAGGACUGGAAGAAGGGGAAGUGGAAGGGGAGACUCUCCUGAUAGUGGAGUCUGAAGAUCAGGCAUCAGUUGAUUUGUCUCAUGACCAGAGUGGGGACUCCUUGAAUAGUGAUGGAGACACAUCCUGGAUAGAGGAGAUAUCCUACUACUGUGAAAAAUGCCAGAAAUGGAUACCUGCAAGUCAGGUGAGAGAGCAGAUUAGCUAUCUCAAGGGCGAUAACUUUUUCCGGUUUACUUGCUCCGAUUGCUCAGAAGAUGGGAAGGAACAGUUUGAACGGUUGAGGCUGACAUGGCAGCAAAUAGUCAUGUUGGCAAUGUACAAUCUAAGCCUGGAAGGAACUGGCCGCCAAGGUUACUUCAGAUGGAAGGAAGAUAUCUGUUCUUACAUUGAGAAACACUGGACUUUUCUACUAGGAAACCGGAAGAAGACGUCUACUUGGUGGAGCACAGUUGCUGGAUGCCUUUCUGUCGGGAGCCCUCGUUUUUUUCGAUCAGGGGCUCAAGAAUUUGGAGAACCAGGCUGGUGGAAGCUUGUCCACAAUAGACCACCUACGCUGAAACCUGAAGGAGAGAAGCUGUCUGUAUCCACCCUAAAAACUAAAGCAGGUUCAAAGCUGUCUUUAGAGCCGAUCAUUACAGUUGAGGGACUCAGAAAGCGAGCGGGCCGCAAUCCCGUUGAAUCGGCCAUGGAGCUGAAGGAGAAGAGGUCUCGCACCCAGGAAGCCAAGGACAUCCGAAGGGCUCAGAAAGAGGCAGCUGGCUUCUUGGACAGGAGCACCACCUCCACACCAGUCAAAUUCAUCAGUCGUGGCCGGCGCUCGGACAUGGUCCUUGAGAAGGGGGAGGUGGUGGACUUUUCUUCCCUGAGCUCCUCUGAUCGAACUCCCCUGACCAGCCCGUCACCCUCUCCUUCGCUGGAUUUCUCUGCUCCUGGAACACCGGCUUCCCACUCAGCCACACCAAGCCUGCUCUCAGAAGCAGACCUCAUUCCUGAUGUCAUGCCGCCUCAGGCCCUCUUCCAUGACGACGAAGAGAUGGAAGGCGAUGGCGUUAUAGAUCCGGGGACGGAGUAUAUUCCGCCACCCAGCGGGCCAAUGAGACUGAUCCGAAGGAGGGUAAAGAUGCCUGAGCAGAUUAAGCAAGAGGUGGAGAGUGAAGAAGAAAAAGCAGAGCGACUGGAAGGGGAUGCUGCAGGCCCUGCCAGCGUGCACACCUCCCUGCAGGCCCAGGGCCAGGAGAAACGGAAGGCUCAGCUGAAGCGGAAAGAUGCAAAGUCCGGCCGGCCCACGUUUGUGUCGGUCAGCAUCUAUGAAGAGAAGCUCCUCCUGAGGAACUUGGAGGCCUGCCCGAAUGCGGUGGCCAUGACUCCCGAGGCUCAGAGGCUGAGGCGCAAGCUGAUAGUCCGGCAAGCCAAGCGGGAAAGAGGCCUGCCCCUCUUUGACUUGGACAACAUCGUGAAUGCGGCUUUUCUCCUGGUUGAUGGGAUUUAUGGAGCCAAGGAGGGAAGUGUGGGCUGUCCCUCAGCGGGCCAUGCAACGUACAGAACCACUAGCCAGGACUUCAGGAUCUUGGAUCGAUACCAGACCAAGUUGUCUGCUCUGAAGGGUUUUCGACAACCGGGAACGAAAUUUCUUACCCGACUUGUAGGCUCCGAAGAGCUGACUGAUCACAGUAUCGUCAGUCCGUACACGUUGCGUGUCUUGAAACCUUAUAUCAGAAGGGAUUAUGAGACCAAACCACUGAAACUUCAACUGCUGGCUGAAAUUCGAGCGCGCACGCACAAGAACGAUCCCGACUGGAUCACUGAGCCAGACUCACCCAUUGAUUAUUGCUAUGUGCGCCCUAAUCACAUUCCCACUAUCAACUCCAUGUGCCAUGAGUUUUUGUGGCCGGGGAUUGACCUGUCGGAAUGCCUGCAGUACCCCGACUUCAGUGUUGUUGUUCUUUACAAAAAGGUCAUCGUUGCCUUUGGCUUUAUGGUGCCAGAUGUUAAAUACAAUGAAGCAUACAUCUCUUUUCUUUUCGUUCAUCCAGAGUGGAGGCGAUCAGGGAUUGGAACAUUUAUGAUUUACCAUCUUAUUCAGACCUGCAUGGGCAAAGAUGUAACCCUUCAUGUCUCUGCAAGUAACCCUGCAAUGCUGCUGUACCAGAAGUUUGGAUUUAAAACUGAGGAAUACAUUUUAGAUUUCUAUGACAAAUACUACCCUUUGGAUAGCAAGGAGUGCAGGCACGCAUUCUUUUUGAGGUUGCGCCGGUGAUCCGUGAGGUUAUCUGAAGGUUCGUGGGAAACCUGGGCACUGGAAGAAAAUCUGACUCAAAACCAUUGCUCUUAAGGGCAUCUGAGGUGCUCUUUUGUUUUGUUUCUAAUGUGUGAUACGCAUUUUUUAGCCUGUUGAUCAUGAUUGACAGAGAUGCCAAGGGAAAGUGCAAGGGAGACAGACACAAACUCCUUUACCUGAACAGGUGGAUCUGGUCCCUUACUCUUCCUGAAGAACCCUUUUGAUAAGCUGGUUGAUGAUUCUCAAGGGCUGUGAUUUCUACAUUUAAACUCCUGCUAUAUUCAGCGGUAUUCUGUUUUUCCAGUUGUUCUUGGUUGGAAAGAGAUAAAUGCACUUGAAUCAGUCUG